AAUAAUAAUAAUAAAAUAUUAUUGUAACUAUAAGUUGGGAGAUAUUGUUAUAUUAAGAAAUUAAUAUAAACAAUUACAAAUAUCCGUUUGUUUAAAUAUCGAGAAAAUGCCGAUUUAUGAAAAUUACACCAUCAUUUUUUAUAUUUUUAGGCAACCACUUCAAUACGUAUAAUACGCAUAUAGUAUACGAACAGAGCGUGUACAUACGUUUUACAUCUCUGUUAUCUCAAAACAGCUGUUUACUAUUUUUUAUUCAUUAGAUAACAGUUUAGGUUGUCUAUAAACAAACUAUCUACCGGCUAACAAUAACAACAAACUAUUUACCUCAAUAACAACAAAGGUGCUGACAUACAAAAAUAUUUCAAUUCGAGGCUUAUCAGAAUGAAUCGUAAUGUUCAAUUUGUUAAGAACUUGAAUCGUUUUCGCCUAGUAACAUUUGACAUCACUGAUACAUUAUUGAGGUUUCGCAAACCUCCAGGUGUGCAAUAUGCGAAGACUGCGGCAUCGAUGGGCGUUAAAAACCUUGAUCCAAACCAAUUACAAAAUUUAUUUCGUGAAGAAUUUAAAAACAUGACAAAAAGAUAUCCCAUUUACGGUCGAAAUUCGAAAGAAAUAACUUGGCAGAACUGGUGGAUGCUGCUGGUGAACAACAUCUUUAAGCGUGUAGACGGCAAAUUAUCGCAAACACAAAUACGCAGUAUUAGCGAACGCCUUUUCGAACAGUAUCGCAGUAAUGAGUGCUAUGUGCAUAUUGAGGGCAAUGUAGAGUUAUUAAAAAUGAUACGUGAUGUUACUAAAUAUGUUGGUGUCAUCUCUAAUAGUGAUCCCGGCUUGGAACGUGUGCUCUCAAGUAUGAAUAUAAGGCAUGAAUUUGACUUCGUGUACACCUCAUAUGAUUUGGGUGUUGAGAAACCGCAUUGUGGUGCAUUUCUGAAACCUUUAGAGAAGUAUAAUGUGCAUGCUUCUGAAGCACUGCAUAUUGGAAAUCUUUAUGAAAAGGAUUAUAUAGGUGCCCGCAAUGCUGGCUGGAGCAGUUUGCUCAUUACAAAGUCGGCUGAUGAGACUCAAAAGGCUAAACCCACACACGUGUAUUCUAGUUUAAGAGAAAUGCAUAAUGCUUUGCAAACUAUUGAUAUCGAAUGGUAAACAUAACGGACCGCAAAAUACUCGUUUUAAGUUUAAAAUCUUACGAUGGAACUUUGUGAUUAUUCUUAACUCCUUGUUAAACAAAUGACUAAAUAUUUUAUAUUGUGUGUUAUUUUAAGAAAGAUAAUAAAAUUUUAUUGAUACUUA